AUGGCAACACAGCCGAAUCCUUUGAAAAGGCUAUCUGUUAUGGCCGGUAAAAAAGGCCUUACAGAUCUUCAUAUACCCACCAUUACUGAGGAUGCUCAAGACGUAGUUGGUCGUAUCCGACUUCAAAAAGAUGAAAGGAUCAACACCAGUCAAUGGAUGGACAAACAAAGAAACAAUUUGUUAGCCUAUGAGUAUCUUUGUCACAUUGGAGAAGCAAAAGAAUGGAUAGAAGAUUGUUUACAGUAUGAAAUUGAUCCCAUCAUCAAGCUGGAGGAAUCCAUGCGAAAUGGUAUUGUUUUGGCCAAACUCUCCGAAUGGUUUUCUCCCGGUAUUGCGCGCAAAAUAUUUCAGGUACACCAUAUACAUUUGUUUCGGUUCAUCAUAUAA